AAACCGUAAACCAGAAGUUCUGGUUUAACAGUUUUAACAACGAGUAACACUCUGUAACUUCGAUCGAUCCAUACUGUAGAUAGAUAGAUAGAUAGAUAGAUAGAUAGAUAGAUAGAUAGAUAGAUAGAUAGAUAGAUAGAUAGAAAAUGUGUACGUAAAUUAAUUACAACAAAUUGGAAGGUACAUACAGCGUACAUGGACAAAAUUUUCAUCUUGCUUGUACUUUCACUUCCAACAUGUGCUUCAAAUGGUUACUCUUUAACAUUACUUUCGGCAUACAUUCCGGGAGAAAAACAAUUCCCUGAAUAUAGUAUAGUUACUGUUUUGGAUGACAUCAUAGUGGGAUACUACAAUUCAACAGUUUAUAUUCCAAGAGGAAAUACUACAAAUGAAGAUGAUGUUAUUAAAUCAAAAAACAUAAAGGAUAUAAUAGACUAUAUGCGUUACUCCUUUAAAAAAAGAUCAGGUUUAUUAACACAAAACAAUUACAGUUAUGACGUUUAUCAAACACUGGUUCAAUGUGAGCUGCUGAAUACGCAACCUGGAAAGAUGAUCAUCAAAGAUGCUGCUGGAGGCUUCACAACAGAUGAGCUGACUUACAUUAACAACAACUUUACUUAUUUUGUUAAUAAGAGUCAUUCACAGGAGCUGCUCAAACCCCACUUAGAAGAAUUCAAGGACACAUUAAAGGCGUUUUUUUAUCCAACAUGCAUAAAAACUCUCGAAAAUUAUGUUAAAACAAGAGCAGAUCAAAUCAGAAGUCUGAAAAAACCAAAUGUCAAGUUUGUUCGCAAAGCAAACACAGCAUCUGGAAGUUUUCAGGCAAUUUGUCUGGCAACAGGAUUUUACCCUCAACACAUCAACCUGACCCUGUUCAGAGAUGGACAGCCUGUAUCUGAUGAUGAGAUUAAUGGAGGAGAUUUACUGCGCAAUGAUGAUGGGACGUACCAGAUGAGGAAGAUCCUGAAAAUCAGUGAAGAAGAACAGAGAGAGAAACACAAAUACACCUGCACUGCCACACAUCUCAGUCUGGACAACAAAUUGGAUGUUAAGCUGACUGAUAAUUUAGAUAAUGACCAUUAUCUAUUUUACAUCAUUGGAGCUGUUUGUGUUGUUAUGCUAUUGACGUUUGGCAUUAUUUUGGCAAUCUGGUUGAAACGGAGACAGGAAGGUGAAUAUUAUUUAGCUGAACCUGAAGAAUACAAUUCUGAUGACGAAGAACUAUAAUUCAACAUCUUCAUCAACAAAAUUCUUUCACCAAUUAGGACUGCCAUAAAAAAACGGACCUAUACACAGAAUGACUUAAAGAUAGUUUAAUAUAUGAAUGUGCUAGUUAUAGUACUAAAUGCAGAUGGUCAAUAGCGAUGAUUUAUUAACAUUAAAUCACAAUAAACCAGCUAUGUGAGCCAAUUCUGAGGCAACAGCAUUCUGUUCAUGUUUACAUGUCAGGGACUAUAUCUUCUGACAGAAAGUUGGCAUUUAAUGACACUUAAAUGGUUAAAAGGACAACAAGUACAGUGUAAGUAGAAACCAAUUUCAGAAAAGUAUACAACUGUUUGAAAACAACAGUGGAUAGGUGGCUGUAAUUGUUUGUUUGGUUUAUUCAAAAUAAAUUGUUACAUGGAUUGUGUUAUGGAAUGCUAAAACUGUUGUCUGCAUAUUUUAUCCAUAUCAUGAGGCUUUACAUGUUUUCAUGCUUUUGUUGUGUACAACUGUCCGAAAGUCAUAAAAUGCUGCAUUCAGAAGAUGCCUUUCAAGGCACGCCAGAAUCCAAAGUUUGUUUUACUUCCUGUCUCCAAAGAUAGUUUCAUCUGAUUUUGAACGCAGAAUAUAAGUAUCUUUUAAAAGCCUUCGAUAUCCCAUAAUCCUGUGCGUGUGCAUAUGUGGGGAAGGUGAUUCGAUUGAAAAUUCUAAUAAUGUCUGAGAGAGUGAAAAUGUAUGUUUCAUUUUUACUUUCAUAAACUUUGAUUUAAUUUCUAGUGGGAAUUUAAUACUAUAGUUUUAAAAUACACUAGUCAACAAUUGAAGUGGGUCAAACCCUUUUCUAAAAGUUGUCUUAACCAAUACCCAAUACUCGUUCUUGUCUUAGGACAACUUUGAUAAACGUUUUUGAUCCACUUCAAAUGUUGACUAGUAUAUUUGACUGGUAAAAGGCGCUCUCUAUGUGUUAAAUAUAUUUCUGUUACGUUGCUCUUUCUUGUUUCUGGAGGUACUUUCAUGCGAAAAUGCUGAAUGCGCAAAGUCACUGCUUGAUAGGGAGCAAGGCAACACUUACUCAUUGUUUUAUGUACAUUCUACAGUUGUUUGUAGGUGUUUUAGUUCAUAUCAUAUACAAUUUUUUAAUUAUUGUUUGUAUAAGAAACACAGGGGCAUUGAAAGAACAUCCAUACAAAGAUUCAUUCAGAUCCAUACAGGUGGAGAGAGUAAGCAGCUUCAAGUUCUAUGAUGUCCACUUCACAGAGGAACUCACAUGGUCAGUCCACAUUAAGCCCAUAGUGAAAAAGGCUCAUCACUGGCUCUUUUUCCUGAGACGACUGAGGAAGUUUGAAAUAAGCCACCAUCACACCCUUAAACGGUUCUACAC